AUGUAAAUUUAUUAAUAAAAUAUCUACUAUGGUGAAUCUAGUAAUACAGCUUUAAAUGUUGUCGUAGGAUCAGGAAUAUUGAUAGCUCUAAUAUAUUUCAAUGCUUCAAUGCUAAGGUUCUUUUUCCUUCUAUUAAAUUUUGGAUUUAUAGUUGGCCUCAUUAUAUCUUCGAUGAUUUAAUCUUCAUUUUACUAUUAAAUCGAAACAGACUUUAUGUUCUUUCCUUUAACAACUUCUAUUUUUGUUUCUGGAGCGAUUUUAGGUUUGAAUUGA